AUGGCCCUUCCAAAGGAGAACGAAACUCUUCAACUUCACUUUCAUCUGGGAGACUCCUACUGGACCGAACUAGAUCUGGUGAAGUUUCUUAACCACCCCAAUCCGACAAUCCUUCCAGCAGAGAAACAAAUUCCGAUCAGUCUAAUCUGGGCCAGACCAACAGCGGUCAUCUCCGACGUUCAAAUAGAAGAUUUUCCACAUCUCCUCAUUCCUCCUCCGACCGAGACAGAAACCUCAAUGACCGAGAGCUUCAAGAACCAACUCCUUGCAGAUCUGGUAGACCAGGAGUUCAGGGAGGCAAGAGAAAUAGCCGUCGCAGAAGUCGCAGCCCCAACUGCAGAUCCCUGGGUCACACAUCUGAUGAAAAGGAUAAUAUUUACUCCAGAUCUCCCAUUCGUGAAAACAAUAGUGAUUCCAAAGUUUGUGAAGGAGACUCGCGUUAUCGCGCAAUCCUACAUAGAGCGCGUUACAAAUCAAAUGGAAUACAACGUGGUGGUUCUCCCUCAUCACCACGAGGAAGCCAACAUGAUUUGGAAGAUGACAGAUGGAACGGUGACUGCAGUUCCUGAAAUAGCCAAGUGGUGGCUGGGGAGCGGAAAUCCAACUCCUUCUGAUAUGAAGAUACUCAUCUGGAAUUGCCGUGGGGCAGCUAAUAGCGAAUUCAAAAGGGUUUUUACUGAUUUGGUUCGCACCAACAGACCCUCCAUUUGUUUCCUUGCUGAAACAAAAAUUUCUGGCGAUAUAGCCAAUCGUGUUGUGGCUUCCCUUGGGUUUGGUGGUUCUCACAUCAUCAAUGCUCGAGGCUUUGCUGGUGGACUUUGGAUGCUUUGGGACCCUGAUCAAGUGGACAUCAACGUGCUGCCUCAUGGGGAACAAGCCAUUCAUGCCGUUGCUAAGGUACGUUCUAGUCAUUUUGAUUUUAAUUGGCUUAUCUCGGGCAUUUAUGCUAGUCCUAGGUUGCAGGAUAGGUUGUUAUUGUGGGAUGAGCUUAAAACCAUUAGUGAUAAUUAUUCUGGGCCUUGGUCCCUUAUGAGGGACUUCAAUGAGAUCUUUUCUGAGCAUGAGAAGUUUGGUGGUAAUGGCCUUAACUCCCGAAGGGUUCAAGCUUAUUCUGAUUGUGUUAAUUACUGUAAUUUGGUGGAUCUUGGCUUUGUGGGGCCUCAGUUUACCUGGACAAGUGUAAGGAAUUGUGGAAUUUAUAUAAUGGAAAGGUUAGAUCGUGUUUGGGCCAAUACUGAAUGGAGAACUAAAUUUCCCGAAACCGUGGUUCAUCAUCUUCCCCGCUUCUACUCUGACCAUAAUCCUCUUCUGUUGGAUCUUUCGCCUCGGGCUGCUCCAAUUUCUGAUAAGCCUUUCAGGUUUCAAACUUGCUGGCUUUCCCAUCCUGACUUCAAAUCUCUUGUGGAAAGCAUCUGGAAUAAUUUUGAUCAACCUCUUUCCGCUCUAAUUUCCACUUUCAAGGAUGAAGUUUGCAGUUGGAAUAAGGAUGUCUUUGGCAAUGUUUUCAAAAGGAAGAGGAUCCUUAGAGCUCGGCUUACAGGCAUUGAAAGAAGCCUAGCUAGAUUCCCUGACCCUUUUCUGGUGGAUCUUCAGAAAUCCCUAGUUAAAGACUAUCAACUGACUCUUCAACAGGAAGAAGAGAUAUGGAAACUUAAAUCUCGGAUUGAUUGGGUUGCCCAGGGGGACCGUAACACUAGUUAUUUCCACACUUCUACCAUUAUAAGGAGGAAGAAGAAUGCAAUUUCUGGCCUCGAGGAUAGUUUGGGUAACUGGUCCUUUGAUGUCGAGACGAUCAAGAGACUUAUCCUUAAUCACUUUAAGGAUCUCUAUACUACCAGCCACUACUGCUCCCUUCCUAGUCAGAGUGAUACUUGGGUGAUCCCUGGCCCUUCUCUUGCCACUGAAACUUAUGACAUGCUCACGGCAGCUCCCACUAAUGGUGAAAUUAAAAAGGCACUGUUUGGUAUGAAACCGCUUAAGGCUCCAGGACCUGACGGUCUCCACCCUACCUUCUUUCAAAAGUUUUGGAGUACGGUGGGUGACUCCGUUUGUAGGGAUAUUAAGCUUAUUUUCCAUUGUGCUGUUAUCCCCCAGGAUUGGAAUAACACCUUAAUUUCCCUCAUUCCUAAAGUCAACAACCCCGAAACCAUUAACCAAUUUAGGCCAAUUGGCCUAUGUAAUACCACUUACAGAAUUGUGACUAAGAUGCUUGUCAACAGAAUCGGACCAUUACUAGAGGAUCUCAUUAGUCCUUUCCAGUCCAGCUUCCUUCUUGGAAGAAAAGGUUCUGAUAAUGCAAUCAUCAUUCAGGAAGCUGUUCAUGCUUUUAGUAAGAAAAGGGGCCAAGCCGGUUUCAUGAUGCUCAAAAUCGACCUUGAAAAGGCCUAUGACAGAUUGGAGUGGAGCUUCAUUAGAGAGACUCUUGUGUUCUUUAACUUCCCGGUUCAUCUUAUUAAGCUCAUCAUGUCAUGUAUCUGCUCGGCCAACCUUGCAGUGCUUGUUAAUGGUGGCAAGUCCGAAGAGUUUACUCCUUCAAGGGGAAUCAGACAGGGAGACCCUUUGUCCCCCUAUAUCUUCAUUCUCUGUCUUGAGUUUCUGUCUCUUACAAUUUCCCAUAAGAUGCAACUCAAACAAUGGAAAGGAUUCAGAAUCUGUAGAGGGGGACCUGUUUUCUCUCACUUGUUUUUUGCGGAUGACCUCGUACUCUUUUCCAAAGCUUCAAUGGAGAGUUGUGUUCUUAUUAAAGAGGUCUUGAACAACUUCUGCAAUCUCUCGGGCCAAUCUGUUAAUUUUCAGAAGUCCAGAAUUUACUUCUCGGGUAAUACUAACAGGAACCUUAGAGAUUGUGUUAUUCAGAACCUCGAUAUGUUGGAAACCGACAGCAUUGGGAGAUAUCUGGGCUAUAAUAUUCAAAAUAGAAAACCAAAGAAGGUUGAUUGCCAACAUAUUCUGGAAAAGAUUGGGACUAAACUGGCUAGUUGGCAAACCAAAUUUCUUACUCCGGCGGCUAGAACCCUUCUAGUCAAUUCUGUUAUUUCGGCUACUGCUAGUUACUAUAUGCAGGCCAUGAAAAUUCCCAUGUCUGUGCUCAAUGAGAUCGAUAGAGAUAAAAAAGAUGGUGGGUUGGGAAUUAGAUCAGCUGCUCAUCUUAAUGAAGCUUUUAUUUCUAAGCUUGGAUGGAAUAUCAUCAAUAAUGAUCAAAACAUGUGGGCUGAAACUCUUAAAGCCAAGUAUGUGAGAAGAUCUACUGCCAUCAGUAAUCAAUCUCCCCUCUGGAAAGCCAUCGAAAAAACUGGUUCAGUGUUAGCUAAAGGCACCAGAUGGGUUAUUAAGGAUGGCAACAGAGCCUCCUUGUGGAUGGAUGACUGGACUGGUCUAGGACCUUUAAAAGAGCUUGUUGUUGGCCCUCUUCAUCAGCAUGAAGAUCGGCUUACUGUUCGCACCAUUAUUGAUGGAGAAGGGGGUUGGGAUUUUUCUGUUCUUUCUCUUCAACUCCCCCAUCGUGUUUGUCAAGCCAUAUGGGCUAUUCCUAUUCAAGCUACUAGUACCGGGCAGGAUUGUUUAAGCUGGAAAGGGACUGCUGAUGGCAAGUUCACCAUCAAAAGUGCCUAUCACUUGGCUAGGGGUUCUAAUGUUGAAGGUAAAUUCAACUGGAAAUGGGUUUGGAAAACCCCAACCCAUCCUAAAAUUCAACAUUUUAUUUGGUUAACUGCCCAUGGGAGACUGGUCACCAGGAGUUAUUUAAAGAUCAUUGGUAUCAUUAGUGAUGACUUGUGUCCCAUGUGUAAUGAGGGCCCUGAGACCAUCCAACACCUCUUCAUUGAUUGCCCUCACACUGCUAGCGUCUGGAAUCAGCUCCAUCCCCCUCCUUUGGAACAGUGUACUUGCCCCUAUGAUUGGCUUAAAGCCAACUGCUCUAAUUCCAAAUCCUCUUUUCAUCUCAAAAUCCCUUGGAAUGUGGUCUUUGCCAUGUUUCUUUGGUACAUUUGGAACAGAAGGAAUGACAAAGUCUUUAACAAGGACUUUAAUACGCAGGAACCUGUUCACAAUAUUAUUGCUCAUGCGGCUGAAUUUUUUGCCGUUAAUGGUUCUAUCAAAGCUAAUACUUCUGCCAUCAGACUUAUUGGUUGGAAUAAACCUAUGUUUGACCAUUUCAAGAUCAAUACUGAUGGGGCUUCUAAUGGCUACCCGGGUCCCUCUGGUGCAGGAGGGAUUGUCAGGGACCAUUCUGGUAACUUCAUCUCUGCAUUUAGCAGAAACUUGGGUGUCACUAACUGCCUUGUUGCUGAAUUGUGGGGUAUUAGAGAUGGCCUCCAGAUGGCUAUCGAUCUCAAUCUCCACAACAAAGUCACUCUCGAGGCUGACUCUUUUGUCGCUGUCAACCUCAUUAACUCUCCCCCCUCUUGUGCUCAUAUUACUCCACUAUUAUUUUUGAUUGCAGAUGCUUAA